AUGAAGAUAUUAUUUGAUUUGCAAAAUGAUCCAAUAGUUCCUGGUAUUCCAAAAGGCAAUAAAACACAGUUUCCAUCAGUCCGAUUAGCACAGUGGAGUAUUCCAUCUCAAUUGACAAAAUGUUACUGGUCAGAAAAUGGAAAAUUCAAUGAAAAUAAUAUAUUUUCUGAAGUUCGAAGUAAAAUUCAAAGGUUGUAUCCGGUUACUUUUGAAAAUCUUACCUAUGGAAGUUACAGACUAAAAUUUCAUACUCUUUUAUUUAUGGAAGAAAUUGAAAUUACAGCAUCUCUUCAAAAAUAUGCACAAAAAAGAAUACAUUUUGAGAAAAUGGGUAAAUAUUUAGUUCUACAAAUACCUAAUCUUUCUGAACAACGACCUUCAUUAAUUAUUGGUGAUAGAAUAACGGUUACUGAUCCACCAAACUGUACUAAAAAAUUGGGUCAAAACUAUGAAGGCGUAAUCCAUAAGGUUUUAGCAAAUGAAAUAUGGCUGAAGUUUAAUUCAGAAUUUCAUAAUAUAUGUGGCCAUUUCGAUUAUAGUGUGAAUUUUUUCAAUGCCAGAAUGAUCUAUCGAAAACAACAUGAAGUAAUCAAUGAAAUGUGGAAAAAGAACAGAUUAGGCGAAUCAUUCUUGUUUCCAUUUAAGAAUUCUUUGGAAUACCAGCCUUCAAAAUUGAAGAUCCUAAGCGAUGAUGAGAUAAAAACAGAUAACACCUAUAAGGAUAAUUUAAAAAAAGAUAGCAAUACUCUGUUACCAAAACCAAAUAUUGUGCAAAAAAUCAGAUGGUUUAAUAAUGAAUUAAACUUCAAACAAAAAAGUGCUGUCAUUAACAUUCUGAAAGGUGAAGGGAGACCAAUGCCUUACAUUAUUUUUGGACCCCCUGGCACCGGUAAAACAAUAACUAUAACAGAAAGCAUCAUUCAAGUCUAUAAAGAAUUCUCUAAAAGCAAAUUGUUAAUUUGUGCUCCAACUAAUUCUGCUGUUGACCUUUUACUAUCUAAACUUGUAAAUUCUGGAUUAUUUGAUAACACUAUCAUGAAGCGUUUAGUUGGCUAUAAUUAUUUUAAUAGUUCAUCUUAUAACAAGAAUUAUGAUGAAUAUUGUGGUUUACCUGAACUUGAAAGUACAUAUUAUGGUGGCGAAGAAACAGAAUCGCUUCAAUUUAAAAGCAUACAUUUUUUAGAUUCCAGGUUAAUUAAAAAACAGGAAAUUCUCAAGUUACGAUUAGUUCUUACCACUGAAGGCACGGCAGGAUUAUUGUAUAUGAUGGGCUUAAAGGCUGGAACCUUCACUCAUAUAUUUAUAGAUGAAGCUGGACAAUCAACAGAACCAGAAAUUUUAUUACCACUGUCAUUUUUGGAUCCUUACCGAGAUGGACAAGUUGUAUUGGCUGGAGAUCCCAAACAAUUAGGACCUGUUGUUUUGUCAAAUUUAGCAAGCCAAAGUGGUCUGGGACUAUCAAUGUUGUCUCGUUUUAUUAAUUACCCAUCCUACUUGAGAGAUACUAAUAAUUUUCCAGAACACAAUGGUUAUAACCCAAAACUUAUUACAUGCUUAAUUCAAAAUUAUCGGGCUUUGCCAGAAAUUUUACUAAAUUACAAUACAUUUUUUUAUGAAUCAUUGUUAGUGCCAACUAUAUUGAGUGAUAACUCACAGGAAAGAAUACUAUUAAACAAUUUGAAUAAAAAUGCUCACUGGGAUAUAGAUUGUAAAGGACCAGUUAUUGUACAUGGUAUAGUUGGUGUGGACAGCCAAGAACCCAGUAGUCCUUCAUGGUAUAAUCCCCAUGAAGCUUUUCAAAUCUUAUUGUACUUUACAAGGUUGUUGAAGUCUGGAAUAUCUGCUGAUGACAUUGGAAUUAUCACUCCAUACAUUGCUCAAGUUUACAAAAUUAAUGAGUUACUAAAAAUGUACCAUCCAGAUAUAAAAUUACCGAGAAUAGGCACAAUAGAAAUGUUUCAAGGUCAAGAGAAAAUGGUUAUUAUAAUAUCAAUGGUUAGAAGCAAAUCCAGAGCCGGAUGCGAAAAGGAUAAGAUAUUUAAAAUGGGUUUUCUUUGUGUUAAAGAACGCACCAAUGUUGCAUUAUCUAGGGCAAAAGCAUUACUCAUAAUAAUUGGAAAUCCAUCAACAAUGGAAUUGAAUUGUUAUUGGAAGGUUAUAUUAUCAACAGCAAUCGAAAAUAAAAACUAUAUUGGGUGUAAUAUUCUUGAAUAUUAG